AUGAAUGGGCAUGUUUUUAAUGGCCGGCCAUGCGUUGUUGCCUUUGCAUCGCCAUAUAGCAUUAAGAGGAUGGGAGAAGCCCAAGUAAAUAGGAACCAACAGAUUGCCCAAGCURCUAAUCCUCAAGCAAGGAGAGGUCCUAUUGAUGCUGCAGGUAAAAUUGGUGGAAGUAGCAUCCAAACGGGUGGUAAUUAUCAAGGUGGUGAUAACAACAGAGGUUCUGGGAGAGGUAAUUGGGGGAGAGGCAAUGCYCAUGGAAUGGGAGGUAGAGGACCAGCUGGCCCGAUGAGGAAUAGGGGUGGUGGGAUGGGUGGCAGAGGUAUAAUGGGGAAUGGUGGAAAUGGAUUUGGCCAAGGAAUUGGUGCCACCCCUCCUUUGUUGCAUCCUCAGUCAAUGAUGGGUCAAGGUUUUGAUCCAUCUUUUGGUGCACCCAUGGGACGAAUGGGCACCUAUGGUGGUUUUCCUGGAGCUCCCGCUCCCCCUUUCUCUGGGAUUUUAUCGUCAUUUCCACCUGUUGGGGGUGUUGGUCUUCCUGGAGUAGCUCCUCAUGUGAACCCAGCAUUUUUUGGAAGAGGUAUGCCUAUGAAUGGAAUGGGAAUGAUGCCAACAUCGGGUGUGGAUGGGCCUAAUAUGGGAAUGUGGUCUGAUCCUAGUAUGGGUGGAUGGGGUAGUGAAGACCAUGGUGGAGGGAGAGCAGGAGAGUCUAGUUAUGGUGAAGAAGCUGGGUCUGACCAACAAUACGGUGAAGGGAGUCAUGAAAGGGGGGCAUGGGCAAAUUCUGCAAAGGAGAAAGAUAGAGGCUCUGAAAGGGAUUGGUCACAGUCUUCUGAUAGAAGGUAUCGAGAUGACAGAGAUGUUGGAUAUGAUAGAGAGAGGUCCAAAGAAAAAGAACCAGGUCCUGACCAUGAUUGGCCUGAUAGAAGGCCUCGAGAUGAUAGAGAUAUAGGUCGAGAAAGGGAUAAGGAUAGGGAUCGGGAUCGGGAUAGGGAACGUUCUCGAGAUUAUGAGCGUGGCCAUCAUGAUCGUGAUCGUGACAGGGAUAGGGAUCGUGACCGUGAUAGGUACAAGGAAGAUAGAGAGAGAUAUUCAGAUCAUCAUAGGUAUAGAGACCGUGAACCAGAGCAUGAGGAUGAGUGGGAAAGGGGGCGAUCGUCAAGGACUCAUAGCAAGUCCCGAUUAUCACAAGAAGAGGAAAAUCGUUCUAGAACGAGGGAUGCUGAUUAUGGGAAGAGGCGGAGGCUUACUUCUGAGUAGCUGAAUCAUUCAGCAUACCUGCUUAAAACUAUAUAGUAUGGCUUUCCAUGUUCAUUUGGGUUCUCUCCCAGAUGGGCUCUUUGAUUCAUCAUUGCCCUUUUGCCUCUGCUGUUUAUUGUCUGAACUCCGGAGUAUGUCUUCUACCUACAGGAGCAUGGUCUGAUUUGUAGCAAAAAAAAGCUUUAAGGACAUUUGAUACCGAGGAUUUCAUUCAAUGCAACAACAGUUGGUUCAGGGAUGACAGGGACCUUUAAAUUCAAGUCUGCCAGAGAAUACCCAUGCAUGGCAACUGCAAUAUCUAUUCGCUCUAUUAAUUUGAUAAGGAAACUCUUGGUUUAAACUUCUCACGUUUCUUUUGAAUGAUGUUUCUUGACUUGGCACUUGAUGACAUUGAUAUUCUUGUUGUAAUGCCUAAAUAUUGCUGGAGUCCAGACCAUGUCUAAAUGUUUUCCGACAUGUAAUGGCGUACUUUGUUGUUAGAGUAUCUUAGCCUGGAGGAUGUUGUGAUGUGCGUUAUUCUGUUUUAUAAGCUGUUGUAUCAUAUAUUCACACCUCUUUUCAA